AUGGGAAGGGGAUUGUUCCAGCAGUUUUCAGAAGAUGCCUAUAUAAAGAUUGAGACUACACGUUUGGUUUUUGUUGAAAAGAACCAAACCAAAAUUAGAGCCGAUUUAUACCAGGGUGUUGUUGAUUACUUCAAUGUCGGUGAGGCUCAACCAAGUAGGGUUGGACAAAGAGUUGUGUUACUUGCAAGUUUCAUUGGAGGUCCAUGUGACAUGCAACGAAGAUUUCUGGAUGCCAUGACUUUAGUUCAAGAUGAUGGGAGGCCUGAUAUAUUUCUUACAAUGACAUGCAAUCCAAAAUGGACAGAAAUUGAUGAUGAGUUAUUACCUAGACAGUCAGCUCAAGAUCGACCGGACCUAGUUGCAAGAGUUUUUCAUGCUAAGUUAGAGGAUCUCAAGGUACAGUUAUUCCAAAGACAUAUAAUCGGUGUGUUGGGGUCAUAUGUGUAUGUGAUAGAGUUUCAAAAGCGUGGAUUGCCACAUGCACAUUUCCUCUUAAUAAUGACACCUAGAUAUAAGAUGAAUAAUCCAGACGAUUAUGACAAACUUGUGUGUGCGAAAAUUCCCGACCCAAUAAGGUUUCCUGAAAUGCAUGAUCUUAUCAAAAGUCACAUGAUGCAUUCCUUGUGGUAG